CUCUGGAAUCUGAAGAGCUGUUGAAGGACAAAACGUACCCAUUGCCUACAAUCUACGAAGAAGCUGACGUCCCUAGCGAACAAAUGGAUCCCCUGAGUGCAAACGAGUAUGUGAACUCUGUGGUCGAUAUUGAUGGUGAAGUUGGCCUGAAUGACUCUCGUGGUCAGGUGAAACAUGAACGCUUUGAGGAAAACAAAGAGCAUCUCAUCAAAUUGGGAGAAAGCGCAUGUUCCCCAACCAAUCAACCCUUGGAAUCAGACCAACUGUUGGAGAACGAAACCAGUCCACUGCCAGUGGUCAGUGAAGAGGCUUGCGUCCUUGAAGAACACGAAUCAGAUCAACUAGAAGAUAUGGAGAUCAAAUAUAUAUCUGAGGGGGCUUGGACCUCUAGAAUGAUUGUCAGUUUCUUUCUUGAUGGCAAGGAAAAAAAGAAAAUAGUGUCAGGGAGCGGACAAUUCGUCACCAUUCCUUCUCGUGCAAAAGAUAUUGAAGUCAAAUUUCAAGUGAGGCGACCAUUCUGGGGUGACGUCAUGAAGUACAAUCGCUUUAGAGAGACCUGGUUUCGACCUUAUGAGCCGCAUGUCUUCAGGUACGACAAACCUACUAACCGUACGUUUACCAUUAGCGGCAAUCUGUGGUGGGAAGCUGUUAUGGGAGUCACCAAUGAAUACCAUGAUGAAACAAAGGAACUGUGA